AAAGAUAACGCUGUGCCUUUAAAGGAAACACUUCUGAUAGACUCAGUGAUAAGUUAUGACAGGAAGUUGAAUGAUCAACUUAACAGUAUUGUAACAGUAUAUGAAUUCUUACUGAUACAAUAAUUAGACUUUUUAUAAUAAGUGCAAAAUAUGGCGACAGCUAAACAGAAAAUAGAUCCACUUAUUGACUCAGUAAAAUGCGCUAUAUGCAUGGAAAUUCUUGAUGAUCCUAGAUCGCUGCCAUGUAUGCAUAGUUACUGCAGGAAAUGUAUACAGAGCACAAUGGACAAAUAUCAGGAUAAGGAAUUUCCCUGCCCAAUAUGCAGGGACUCUUGCCCUAUACCUGAUGAAGGGGCUGCAGGACUGAAGGUGAACUGUUUUGCUAGUUCUGUAUUGGAUGCUGUUAAGGACCUAUCAUUAUCAUCAUCAUCAUCAAGAGUUAUAAUGAACUGCGAUAUCUGUCUUCAGGAAGAUGAGAAUGUGCCUGCUAUUUUAAAAUGUAUUGAAUGUAAUGAGAAGUUAUGCAAAGGAUGCGGUCGUACACACAAAUUGUUACAUUCAACAAAAUCGCACAAUGUAUUCCAGAUAAACGGAGAUACCAUACAAGAUACUAGAGCUGCUAUGGACAUGCUAUCGAAAAGAACUUUGUACUGUCAAGUACAUACCAAAGAACCCCUCAAGUACUUUUGUACUAAAGAUCAAUGUCUUAUCUGCCAGGACUGUUUUGCUCUUGAACACCAAGGUCAUCCAUUAAACGACAUUGAACAAACUGCGAAAGCGAAUUUGAAGAACUUGAGAUCAGUAAUUGACAUUGGUAAGCAAAGAUCGGCAAAGUACGAAGACAGAAUUCAAAGAACUCACGUCCAAAAAAAUGAUUUCGAAAAAAAUAUAGAAGAAUGCAGAUCGAAACUUGAUGCAGAUCAAAAAGCCGUUGAAACAAAAAUCAAAGCCCACUUCAAAGCACUAAAUGAAAAGCUAACUACUAUGGGCAAUGCAGCUUUUAAGAGUAAAAUAGGCUAUUUGGCUGAUCUACAAUUUGACAAGGAUGCAAUCGAUGGCACGGUUAAGCAGCUAGAAGCUCUGCAAGAGCAUGGACAUGCUGCUGAUAUUGUAUAUAUGAUUCCAGAAAUGAACAACAAAAUAAAGACCUGGUCUUCAACCCCUGAUUUUGAUCCAUAUCCUGAGGCUAUGAUAUAUGUUAAACCAAGUCAAAUUAAUGAUGAAG